AUGGGGUGUGUGAGGAGUGCAAUGGCCUUGUGGUGGCUUAGUAUGAUUAUCUUUAUUGUGAGGACAAGAGGAGACAUAUAUGGACAUUGUAUAUCAUCUCCUAUAGUUGAUAAAAAUGCCUGCAAAAAGAUUGCAGAGGCCAAUUUGGAGGGCCCAAUAGUGUUUACAUCUGGGCCUUCUAUAACAGAAGCUUCCAGUGAUUUUGGAGGAAUAGUGAAGAAUAAACCUGCUGCUGUCCUCUCACCUGCCUCUGUGGGGGACAUCAGUAAGUUGAUUAAAAUAGCAAAUGAAUCUCCAAAUCUAACCAUAGCUGCUAGAGGGAAUGGCCAUGCUGUGGCUGGCCAAUCUCAGGCUUUGAAUGGAAUUGUGGUGAAUAUGACCUCCCUGAGAGGAAUUCAAAUUGUCCAGAAAGGUGGUGGUGAAUCUUAUGCAGAUGUUAAGGGGGGUGAAUUUUGGGUUAAUGUUCUUAGAGCUGCUCAGGCCUCAGGACUUUCUCCUAGGUCAUGGACUGAUUAUAUUGAUCUUUCUAUUGGUGGGACUCUUUCUAAUGCUGGAAUAAGUGGCCAGACUUAUCGUUAUGGACCUCAAAUUAGCAAUGUAUUACAAUUGGAAGUAGUCACAGGCAAUGGAAAUGUCACUAAUUGCAGUUCGGAGGAUCAGGCUGAUCUUUUUUAUAGUACCCUUGGAGGAUUAGGCCAAUUCGGAAUCAUCACUGGGGCUCAAAUCGUCCUUCAAAAGUCAUUUGACAGGGCAAGUCAAUGGAGAUUCGUUUAUUGGAACUUCACAGAUUUUACGCAUGAUCAAGAGAUUCUCAUUUCUUUCACACAAGGAGGAGCUUUUGAUUAUGUUGAAGGAUUUGUUAUAGCAAACAACAAAAAUGGUUGGCCUUCCAUACCUUUCUUGCCUAAUGCUACAUUUAAUUCCAGUUUGAUUCCUCCCACAGCUGGUGUCAUGCUUUACAUAAUUGAGGCCACACUCUACUAUGAUGAAGGAACAAAUGUUAAUCAGACGGUGCAGAAUAUAAGUUCUGAACUUGGUUUUAUAAGAGGUUUAGAAUUCAACCUAGACACUUCAUAUUUUGAUUUUCUAUAUCGAGUUCAUCCACAAGAGCUAGCUGAUAGGGCUAAUGAUGAUGAGCAUGAAGAUCAAUCUGACAUUAGAUCAGUAGAAGAAGCACCAAGCAUGAACUCCAACCAGUAUGUGCAGAAGAAUCAUCCGGAAGAAUGGAUCAUAGGAGAUAAAAAUGAAGGUGUGCAUACCAUAAGGAGACUAGCCCGGAAUGAUGAGCAGGUAUUUGUGGCUCGAAGCAAAUUGGAGGAGCAGCUGGGUGAGUUGAUCAAGGAAGAACGAUCUGAUCUUUGUACUCGCUUAUCAAAGAAAACAGCUGAGACAUUUAUGGCAUUUGACAAAUGCAGGUCGACAAACCGGGUCGUGUUUGCUAAACUUAGCAAACGUGUAUCAGAAGCCAUGAGAUUGGCGGAGCUUGAUUGA